AUGAACGUUAGGCUUCUCCUGGGUCCUGUAGUAUGGUUUCCCUGUCUGUCAAGAGCCAGCUCAGCAACCAAACCCAGAUUCCAGGAUAAUAUAAACGUUUUUUUGAAAGCUUGUGAACAGAUUGGAUUGAAAGAAGCCCAGCUUUUCCAUCCUGGGGAUCUACAGGAUUUAUCAAACCGAGUCACUGUCAGGCAAGAAGAGACUGAUAGGAGAGUGAAAAAUGUUUUGAUAACACUGUACUGGUUGGGAAGAAAAGCACAAAGUAACCCCUACUAUAAUGGACCCUAUCUUAAUUUGAAAGCAUUUGAGAAUCUUUUAGGACAAGCUCUGACUAAGGCUCUUGAAGACUCCAGGUGCCUGAAAAGGAGUGGCAGGGACAGUGGUUACGGUGAUAUCUGGUGUGCUGAACGUGGAGAAUUUCCUACUCCUCCAGGCAACCAUAAGAGAGAAGACUCGUUUGAAAGCUUGGACUCUUUGGGGUCUAGGUCAUUCACAAGCUGCUCCUCUGAUAUCACGCUGAGAGGGGGACGUGAGGGUUGCGAAAGCGACACAGAUUCUGAAUUUCCAUCCAAGAUGCAGGAUUAUAAUAAAGACGAUAUGUCCUAUCGAAGGAUUUCAGCUAUUGAACCAAAAUCUGCUUUACCAUUCAAUCGUUUUUUACCCAACAAAAGUAGACAGCCAUCCUAUGUGCCAGCGCCGUUGAGGAAGAAAAAGCCGGACAAAUACGAGGAUAACAGAAGAAGUUGGGCAAGCCCGGUCUAUACAGAAGCGGAUGGAACAUUUCCAAGUAAUGAGAGGAGAACUUGGGGUACCAAUGUGGAGAAUUGGCCAACAGUACAAGAAACUUCAAACUCCUCUUGUUACUUGGAAGAGAAAGAAGCAAAGACAAGUACACCCAACACCGUAAAGGAUGAUCUUUAUGUGCGAAAGCUAAGUCCAAUCAUGCCAAACCCAGGGCAUGCUUUUGAUCAGUUUCUUCCCAAAUGUUGGAUCCCAGAAGAUGUGAACUGGAAAAGAAUAAAAAGAGAAACUUACAAACCAUGGUAUAAAGAAUUUCAGGGAUUCAGUCAGUUUUUAUUACUUCAGGCCCUCCAAACAUAUUCUGAUGACAUCUUGUCUUCUGAAACAAAUACCAAAAUUGAUCCCACUGCCGGCCCCAGGCUCAUAACACGCAGAAAGAAUCUCUUUUCUGCACCAGGGUAUAAAAGAGAUGACCUCGAGAUGUCAACCCUAGACCCUGAUUUAGAGAAUGAUGAUUUCUUUGUCAGAAAGACUGGCGCUUUCCAUGCAAAUCCGUAUGUUCUCCGGGCUUUCGAAGAUCUUAGAAGGUUUUCUGAGCAAGAUGAUCCUGUCGAGCGAGAUAUAAUUCUGCAGUGUAGAGAAGGUGAACUUGUACUUCCGGAUCUAGAAAAAGAUGAUAUGGUUGUUCGCCGACUUCCAGCACAGAAAAAAGAGGUGCCUCUGUCAGGGGCCCCAGACAGAUACCAGCCAGUUCCUUUCCCUGAACCCUGGACUCUUCCUCCAGAAAUUCAAGCCAAGUUUCUGUGUGUACUUGAAAGAACACGCCCAUCCAAAGAAAAAAGAAAGAGCUGUAGAGUGUUAGUGCCUUCCUACCGGCAGAAGAAAGAUGACCUGUUGACUCGCAAGAUCCAGUCCUGGCAGCUGGGGACGACCGUGCCUCCCGUCAGCUUCAUCCCUGGCCCCUGCAGCGAGGCAGACCUGCAGAGGUGGGAAGCCAUCCGGGAGGCCAGCAGACUUAGGCACAAGAAACGGCUCAUGGUCGAGAGACUCUUUCAAAAGAUUUAUGGUGAGAAUGGGAGCAAGUCCAUGAGUGAUGUCAGCGCAGACGAUGUUCAGAACUUGCGUCAGCUGCGUUAUGAGGAGAUGCAGAAAAUAAAAUCACAAUUAAAAGAACAAGAUCAGAAAUGGCAAGAUGACCUUGCAAAAUGGAAAGAUCGUCGAAAAAGCUACACUUCAGAUCUGCAGAAGAAAAAAGAAGAGAGGGAAGAAAUUGAAAAGCAGGCACUUGAGAAGUCUGAGAGAAGCUCUAAGACAUUUAAGGAAAUGCUGCAGGACAGGGAAUCCCGAAAUCAAACAUCUGCAGUUGUAUCAAGAAGGAGGUUGCAUUCUUCUGAUGAUAUCUUGCAUGAAGAAAAGCUUUCCCCUAGACUGACCACGUCAGAAGCAAGUUACCAGAGUGAAAGAGUAGAAGAGAAGGAAACAACGUAUUCUGCAGAAGUUCCUAAGCAAGAUUCUACAACUUUUGCAAAAAGAGAGGACGCUGCAGCAGCUGAAAUUCAGCUUUCUUCUCAGAGCCCCAUGGAAGAACAACACCCAGACCCUUUGUCUUCUCAGCAUUCACCGAGUACACAAACCGAGUCGACUCGAAUUUCAGCCUCUCUCCCCAGAAGUUACCAGAAAACUGAUACAGCCAGGUUAACAUCUGUGGUCAUGCCUAGACCUUUUGGCUCUCAGGCAAGGGGAAUCUCAUCACUCCCGAGAUCCUACACGAUGGAUGAUGGCUGGAAGUAUAACGGAGAUGUCGAAUAUGUGAAGAGAACUCAGAGCAGUUUGGUCAGCACCUCUGUGCACAAACCUGACACGAGCCAGCUUGCUACCAGCAAGUCCAGUGAGAGAGAGGGAGUAGCGGUGGGAGAAGGUGUGAUGCAGCUGCCCUCUCCUACCCUCUCCUUCUCAUCGCUUUCCCAGGAAGAGGCUGCCACUUCUAAAGCCACACUGUCUUCACCAUCUGGCCCUGACUUAAUGUCUGAGCUUGGAGAAGGGGGAAGCUCACCACAGACAGAGGUCUCCAGAUCCUCACAGGAUCAGUUCAGUGAUAUGAGAAUCAGCAUACACCAGACGCCUGGGAGCGGUCUUGACUUUGGGUUUACAGUAAAAUGGGUGUUUUCUGGGAUCUUCGUUGCGUCAAUUGAAGCAGGUAGCCCAGCAGAAUUUUCUCAGCUGCAGGUAGAUGAUGAAAUUAUUGCUGUUAACAACACCAAGUUUUCAUAUAAGGACACAAAAGAGUGGGAGGCGACCAUGGCUAAUGCUCAAGAAACUGGAAACCUAGUAAUGGAUAUCAGGCGCUAUGGAAAGUCUGGUUCACCUGAAACAAAGUGGAUUGAUACAACUUCUGGAAUUUACAACUCAGACAAAUCUUCAAAUCUGUCAGUAACGACUGAUUUCUCAGAAAGCCUCCAGCAUUCUAAUACUGAAUCCAAGGAAAUAAAUGGAAUUCGUGAUGAAAGUAAUACUUUUGAAUCAAAAGCAUCUGAACCUAUUUCUUUGAAAAACUUAAAAAGGCGAUCACAAUUUUUUGAACAAGGAAGCUCCGAUUCUGUGGUUCCUGAUCUUCCAGUUCCAACCCUCAGUGCCCCGAGUCGCUGGGCAUGGGAUCAAGAGGAGGAGCGGAAGCGGCAGGAGCGGUGGCAGAAGGAGCAGGACCGCCUUCUGCAGGAAAAAUAUCAACGUGAGCAGGAGAAACUCAGGGAAGAGUGGCAAAGGGCUAAGCAGGAAGCUGAGAGAGAGAAUUACAAGUACCUGAAUGAGGAGCUGAUGGUCCUGAACUCAAACAGCAUUUCUCUGACUGCACGGGAGCCUGCCGUUGCCAGCUGGGAAGCCACCUGGGGUGAGGGGUCCAAGUCCUCCGACCGGGAAGGAACCCGAGCAGGAGAAGAGGAGAGGAGCCAGCAGCAAAAGGAGGGUGCGGACGAGGACCAGAGAAAGAAGCUGCAGGAGCAACUAACUCUUGAGAAAGAGAGGACACCGGAGGAGCCACAGUAUCAGGAAGGGCAGGAGCAGAAGAGGCAUCCGGCGGAGGCCGAGGAGCGCAAGCACCAGGCAGAGAGAGAGAGGGAAACUUCAGUCAGAAUAUACCAGUAUAGAAGGCCAAUUGAUUCCUAUGAUCUACCAAAGAGAGAGGAAAAAUCCCCAGGGUUGCUUCCUAGUGACAGGAAUAAAUCCAGAUCCACUACUGAACUGGAUGAUUACCCUACAAAUAAAAAUGGAAGCAGUAAAUAUUUAGACCGAAUUGGGAGCACUAGCUCAUCACAGAGGAGCUCCAAGAAGGAACAGGUGCCGUCAGAAGCAGAGUUAGAGAGACAGCAAAUCCUUCAAGAAAUGAGGAAGAGAACAUCUCUUCACAAUGACAACAGCUGGAUCCGACAGCGCAGUUCCAGUGUCAACAAGGAGCCCAUUUGUCUGCCUGGGAUUAUGAGAAGAGGUGAAUCUCUAGAUAACCUGGAUUCCCCAAGAUCCAAUUCCUGGAAACCAUCCCCUUGGCUCAAUCAGUCUUCAGGAGUCCAUGCUUCCUCCUCCGUUCAAGACUUCAGUCGCCCACCACCUCAGCUGGUGUCCACGUCAAACCGUGCCUACAUGCGGAAUCCAUCCUCCAGCGUUCCCCCUCCUUCCACUGGUUCUGUGAAGACCACCACCACGCCUUCUCCCACACCACGCAGCCAUUCUCCUUCAGCAUCACAGCUGGGCUCCCAGCUACGCAACAGUGCAUUGCCUGUGAGUGUGACCUCGGAGGCUCCUCCUCAGGAGCUGAAGUCAGAAUCAGAAACCACCAACUGUACUGCAAUGACUGCUAUCUCAGAUACAAAUCUGGACGGCCAACCGCCAUGUGAUGUAAGCCUCCCUGCGAAAGCACUGUUGCAGAUAGAAGAAGAGGUGGUUGCUGCUGAUGUAGAUCUAUAAAUACAUGUUGGAUUUCUUUUGUGCUCUUUUUUAAAAAGGAUAACACUUUUUUUUUUUUUUUUUUUUUUUUUUGCCUCUCUAGAUUACAUCAGAGCAUUAUAGUCUUGGUAGAACGUGUAUUUUGUUGUUGUUGUUUAUUUAUAAGAAGGUAAUUCUGUAUGGGGGGAAAAGUGCAGUAUUUACUUUUUGAAGUCAGCAUCUUAAAAAGCACAAGGGAAAAAUAAGAACUUCAAAAUAUUUUUGGCGCUGAUAAUGAUCUAGUUUGACUUUCUAGUGGUGUUUUGAAGAGGGUUAUUUUAUUGUUUCUUUUUUAAAAAGGUUCUGAAACAUUAUUUGAAAUAGUUAAUAUAAAUAUAUGAUUGCAUUUGCUGUUUAUUGUAAUGUAUACUAAAUUAAUACAGAACCGUAUAGAAAAUGUCACUAAAAUCUACCCACAAAUUUGCCUUCUGUAUCCUUCUUUUCAUCUAUGUAAUAUUGUGCUUUUUUUUUUUUAAGAAAAACUUUUAGCAUACGUGACAUUUUAUUUGCUUGAUGAAGAGAUCUCUAUUUUCUUCAGAAUUGUCGCUAAGCAGUUCUCAAUAGAAAGCUGCUGUUUUUCAUUAAUACAAAAUCAUCAGGGUUUGUAUACCAAAAGUUCUCUCUAGGAACUAACAAGCCUUUCUGUUCAUUGCAUUUGUAAAUAAACUUGCUGUUGCAUUAAGGAAUGGUUCUCCUU